GUUGAAUUGUUCGUGGGACAAAACUAAAUAUUUUUUUGUGUGAAACGUACGAGUUUGAAGGAGGGAAGGUAGAGUAUGUCGUGUCAGGUAUCUUCGAAGUUUAGAAAUAAUGGUUUAAAGGAGAUGCAUGGAGGUGGAGAUGCUCCUGAUGCCAUGGCCUAAGUGAGGAACCAUGCACAUUAAACUGGACCUGCUCAUUUUAUUCCCACUGGUGCACUGGUGAGGUUUGGCUUUUCACUAACACCACUGUUAACUAAACUAUGUAACACUGCCCUGAUCAAGCCAUGACCCCGUGAUCUUCGAAGCUCUCUACAUUUUCAUUUAGUCUUCAAAUACGAUCAGUAAACCCAUCACCAUGUCGCUGGCCGAGCAGUCGCAGAAAUGGUUCCCCACGCACGUCCAAGUGACGGUCCUUCAAGCCACAGACCUCCAGGCCAAGGGCAAGAACGGCACCAACGACGCCUACACCAUCAUCCAGCUCGGGAAGGAGAAAUACUCCACCUCGGUGGCGGAGAAGACCCUGAGUCCCAUGUGGAGAGAGGAGGCUUCGUUUGAGCUGCCCGGGCUGCUGGUGGAGGGCAACCCCGAGGUGUACGAGCUCUGUCUCGUGGUCAUGCACAGGUCUCUGGUCGGGAUGGACAAGUUUCUGGGGCAGAAAACCGUCAACCUGAAUGAGGUGUUCGACAACAAGGAGCGAAAGAAGAUCAACUGGUACACCCUGGAUUCCCGUCCAGGCAAAAAGAAAAAAGAGCGCGGGAAGAUCCAGGUGAGCGUCCAGUUCAUGAGGAACAACAUGACGGCCAGCAUGUUCGAUCUGUCCAUGCGCGACAAGCCGCGCUCGCCGUUCUCCAAGCUCAAGGACAAGAUGAAGGGCCGUAAGCACGACUCGGACGCCUCUUCGGCGAUAUUGCCUCGUUCUGCGCAGUGCGAUCCCGAUUCCCAGCUUCCUCAACACGUCUCGGGCCAGAAACCUCGUCACACCACCGCUACACUGGAGCCCAAACCCAAACGCUCGCUGCUCACCGGCACUCAGAAACUCUCGGCCGCGCACUCCAUGUCCGAUCUGGAAGGAACGCACUUCAGGCCCAAGACGGACUCCGUGGACUCCAUGGAGGAGAGAGGUGAAGUGCCUCCUCACCGCCGCUCUCAGAGCGAGAUGCCCGGGUUCCAAGACAGCGAUAUGGCGGGUGACCCUUUCCCGGAGAUGCCGCAGAAAUCCGCCACGCUCCCACGCAACCGCAACCCGUUCGAUUCGGACCAGGGGCAGCUGUGGGACAGAAAGGAGAAAAAAGAGAAGAUCAGCUUGCUGGAGCGCGUGACGGGAAAGAAGGAAGGGAAGAAGACGAGCAACGGAGGAAGAGCGGGAAGUUCGGGGGACCUUCGAUCCCCAAAUCCUUUUACUUCGGAAAGUGAUACCAACCCCUUUCUGCCACAUCACAUGCCCAGUGAUGAAGAGUUGAGUAAGAAAAAUGCUUCCCCGGAGAAAAAACAAGGAAGGAAGACCACAAGAGAGUCUGAGGCCGAACAGCUCCAGAACAGCAUGGCGGCGUACAGCACCCUCUCGUUCGAGGAGGUCGUGCAGGAGCUGGUCAAGCAGAAAGAGGUGGUGAAGAAGAAGGACGCGCACAUCCGCGAGCUGGAGGACUACAUCGACAACCUGCUGGUCCGAGUCAUGGAGGUGACGCCGAGCAUCCUGAGGACGCCGUACGAGCCGAAAAGGAAAGCGGGCAAGAUCUCCAAGAAGUAGACUUUAACCUUAGGGUGGUAUCGUUGGAAACAAUACAAGUGGUGUUAAAAAAAAAAUGUGGUGUUACAAACAAAAGUUCUAACUAGCAAUUCUGGUUACCUGUUAAUCGGAAUUCGAUGACUCGAGAUUGUGUGACCUUUUAAAAAUCGGUGACCGAUUGGAGGACUUUUGUGCCAAUGCCAAACAGUGGCUUUUUAUUAUCUACUUUUCUCAUUUAUACACUGAUUUUUGUUAAUACACUGUUCUGUCAUUUAUGUGGUGAUGCAGGACAAAUUUUUUUUUAGGUUAGCACU